AAGUCAAGAACUUUCCUUUCUAUUCUCACUUUCUUCUGCUUUAAUCCACCAAAAGCUUCCUUUUCUCGUCAAUAAAUUUUCUUAAACAGUCUCAGCUUUCCUCUUUGCAAUUUCAUUCCUGUUACAUGUCCACACCACACCAAGUGGAAAUAUAGCCCUUUUCACCACCUUUAAAAUUAAAACCAAGCUCAUAUUAAUUCUCACAUGGGCUCUCUCUUCUCUUUCUUCUUCAUAAUAAUUUUUCUUGUCCUAGAAUUUCUCAGAAUUGAAGCUGAAGGGAUCAAAUCGGCCAGGCUUCUCGAUCUUCUAAUUAGAGAUUACACAUUCAAGUCCUAUGACUUGCAUUUUAGGACAGGUAUGUUAUAUGCUGUAAAAUUACCAGCAAAUUUCUCCGGUAUCAAAGUCGAUACGGGGAGAUUCCGAUGUGGCAGUCUCCGGCGAUAUGGUGCUCAGGUUAAGGAAUUCCAUUUGGGAAUUGGUGUGAUUGUGCAACCAUGUGUAGAAAGAGUUAUGGUAAUUAGACAACAUUUAGGACAUAAUUGGUCUUCUGUUUAUUAUGCUAGUUAUGAUUUAUCAGGAUAUCAACUUGUGUCUCCCAUUUUAGGCCUUUUAGCUUAUAAUGGUGGGAGUGAUGUGAAUUUCAGUAACCCUUUUGAGCUUGGAAUCCAUGCAGGAGAUAAACCAAUUACUAUAAAUUUCACUAAUUUUACAAAUUCUACCAAUAACCCAUCAGAAAUUAAGCCUCUUUGUGCUAGUUUUGAAAAUAACGGUAAAGUGACACUUGAAAAUACAGUGUCGCAUCAUGUUUGCGUAGCAAAAAGGCACGGUCAUUAUGGGUUGGUAAUGAAAUCACCGCCGUCGCCACCGCCGCUGCCACCAGAACAGGUGAAAAAGAAGAUCAGCUUGUGGAAAGUGGUGGUUGGUAGCACUGUUGGGAGUGCUUUGGGUGUUUUCUUAUUGGGAUUGCUUUUGGUGGCUAUGUUUGUUAAGGUAAAGAAGAAAGCAAGAAUGGAAGAGAUGGAAAGAAGAGCAUAUGAAGAAGAAGCUCUGCAAGUUUCAAUGGUUGGCCAUGUCAGGGCACCUACAGCUGCUGUUACUCGAACAUUGCCUACAAUUGAACAUGAGUGCAGUAGGCAAGGCAGAAGGAACAUGAAAGAGAAAAGAAGAAGAUAUUGGAAGAAGUUGCUUUCUUGUCAGUGGCAGAGUCAAACCUCGUGCAUGAACACAGAGACUUCCAGGGGUUAAAGUUUAGACACAAUUAUAACCAUUUGAUGCUAGAAGUUUCAAAUGUCUCUCAAAGAUUAACUACUGAUAAUUAGUAGAUUUUCUUAAACAGCUAUCUAUUUUGUUUGGCAAAACAGUUUUUGUCUUUUAUGGUAGAUAUUGAUUGAGAAUGAAAUCAUUAGAGUUUUCUUUUA